CACUCUCUCCUCUCCCUUUUAAUUCAUGUAUAUAUGUAAUCUCCCCUGCCCCAACCCCUCCCUUCACCUACACUCCUCUCACUUGACUUUGUUCUCCUCCCUCUUUUUCACCUCCUCUCCCCCUCCAAUCCCCCCACUUUACCCAUGGAUGACCAAACCCCGGACAACACCAACAACAACGGCAGCGGCGGCAGCAGCAGCAGCAGCAGCCCCGGCCGGGGGUCCACCCCGGCCGCCGAGCCCGUGCGUUCCCGGUGGACCCCGAAGCCCGAGCAGAUCCUCAUACUCGAAUCCAUCUUCAACAGCGGCAUGGUGAACCCCCCAAAGGACGAGACCGUGAGGAUCCGCAAGCUGCUCGAGAAAUUCGGCGCCGUCGGCGACGCCAACGUGUUCUACUGGUUCCAGAACCGCCGGUCGAGGUCCCGCCGCCGCCAGCGCCAGCUGCAGGCCGGCCUCGCCGCCGGCGCCGGCGCCCACCAAGUCGGCGGUGCAAUUAUGUGCGAACCUUCUUCUUCAUCCGGCUCCUCCAGCACGUCCACCUCCAAUUCUUCCGGUGGAGGAGGCUUCUUUCCUUGCUCUUCUUCGGCCUCGUCUUCUUCCUCCAGCUUCAUGGGGGAUGACAGCGCCGACGAUCUCUUCUCCAUCUCUCGCCAAAUGGGCUUCGCCGACAGUACUCAAACUCCAUUCAUCUACUCUUCGGAUGCCUCGCAGUUACACUACCAGCAACCUGGGACUAUCACUGUAUUCAUCAAUGGAGUCCCUUCAGAAGUUCCAAGGGGCCCAAUUGACCUGAGAGCUAUGUUUGGCCAAGAUGUGAUGCUCAUCAAUUCUUCUGGAGACCUUCUUCCUGUCAAUGAGUAUGGAAUUCUAAUGCAGAGCUUGCAGAUGGGCGAAAGUUACUUCCUGGUUUCCAGGCCUACCUAGUCUGAGUUCAAUUGGAUGAAUAAAAGGAUAUAUGGUGGUCAUCGGCAAUUCAAUUAACAAUAUAAGAUGGUGCAAUUUUAAUAUCACAAGAAAGCGAGCUUGCGUGCUUGCUGUCUGCUAUUGCAUUGCUCUUGUAACAAGCUGUUCCCUAAACCAUCGUGUUAUCACAUGUCAAUCCUGCUUUGGCUUGAGAUGCUGUAAUUUUACUUGUUAAACCAUGAUAUUCAGGUGCCUGAACUUAUUCAGACUGGAUUGUAUCAGUAUUGUAAGCAAAUUAAUUUUUUAAUGCUGUUGAAUUUGUCUUUUUUUUUU